GAGAUUAAGGAGAAGAUGCGAUGUCUCGGAGAUAGCGCUGCCUUCCCGCAGGACCUGUCGGACUUGGAAUCUCCCUUGACUCCAGACCCGUCCGUGGCGUCUCCUCUGAAAUUCUUCUCACAAUCUCACAGUCAUGAACAUGCAGAGAGUCAGCCGAGCGAGACACACGUGGAGCCUCCUGCCAAGACUGCACAGGACACAGAGAAAACCAAACAAGAGGUAGACGAGUGGGGAGAUGAGUUCGAGGAUCCGGACAGCAUUGUGAGGGUUGUGUUCCCGACAAGGCAGUUCAUCCAAGUUCGAGGAAUGCUGGCGCGAUCGAACGAGCUUGUAAAGUUGAACGAGCAGAUCGCGCAGAUGGAGUCAGAGCUCAAGGCCAUCAGAAUAAAAAAGAAGUUCAACGCCGACCAGAUAACGUGGAAGCACGAGAUCGAUCGCCUGACCCACGCUCUCCUUGAUAAAGUCAAGACCUCCCGACAAGUGCGGUGGGGAAGCAUUCCCCAGCACGUCGACCAGCAGCUCACACUCACGUUUCGUCGCGGCUUGAUGAUGCUCGCUCAACCGGCUGCCUUUUCCAACGAGAUGCUCUCCUACAUCCUCUCGCUGGGAUCUGACUGGGACUCACUCCUUCAGACCCUCUCCCUCGGCAUGGAGACGAUCGAGGAGUGGACGGGACAGCCCCGCUCCUCUCUCGCUCUGCGAACAGUGCAAGCUGCGGACGAGCUCUUGUGGGACGAGAAGAAGUCAGCGAUCGACGCGUCUGACUACAACAAGGAGGAGGCAGAUGUGCUGCGUGAUCUGCGACGCGUGAAGAGGUCGAGGAUGCGGCUGCUGCUCUUUCGGGGGCUGCGGUCGGGGCUUGUGAGGGAGCUGCUGGAAGUGUUUCGAUCGAGAUCAAAAGGGUCUAGGAUGGCGAGGACUCAGUCGCGCAGGACGCUCCCAGCGUCCUCUCAGCGCAAGAAGACUUCGUUCACUGUAGCAACCGCAUCCUCCUUGGCUGCCAUCAAGUUCCGCAAGAAAAUCGGAAGGUAAUGGUAGACUGCGGGGACUACUUGGUCAACUUGGCUGAAAUGAAAUUUGAAGUCCGUUAUUGCUAAUAGAAAUCUAAGUCUUGUAUCACC